CCCGCCCCCGGCCCGCGCCCAGGACGUGCCGCCGGCUGUCGGCUUCCUGAAGCUUCCCCCUCAGGAUCCCCUGGGCAAGGAUGGAACUGAAGGCAGAGGAAGAGGAGGUGGGUGGCGUCCAGCCGGUGAGCAUCCAGGCCUUUGCCAGCAGCUCCACUCUGCACGGCCUGGCCCACAUCUUCUCCUACGAGCGGCUGUCUCUGAAGCGGGCACUGUGGGCCCUGUGCUUCCUGGGCUCCCUGGCCGUGCUGCUGUGCGUGUGCACGGAGCGUGUACAAUACUAUUUCCACUACCACCACGUCACCAAGCUCGACGAGGUGGCCGCCUCCCAGCUCACGUUCCCCGCCGUCACGCUGUGCAACCUGAACGAGUUCCGCUUUAGCCAAGUCUCGAAGAACGACCUAUACCACGCUGGGGAGCUGCUGGCCCUGCUCAACAACAGAUAUGAGAUACCGGACACCCAGGUGGCGGAUGAGAAACAGCUGGAGGUCCUGCAGGACAGGGCCAACUUCCGCAGCUUCAAGCCCAAGCCCUUCAACAUGCGCGAGUUUUAUGACCGGGCUGGACACGACAUCCGAGACAUGCUGCUCUCCUGCCACUUCCGGGGGGAGGUGUGCAGCGCUGAAGACUUCAAGGUGGUCUUCACACGGUAUGGAAAGUGCUACACCUUCAACUCGGGCCGGGAUGGGCGGCCGCGGCUGAAGACCAUGAAGGGCGGCACGGGCAACGGGCUGGAGAUCAUGCUGGACAUCCAGCAGGAUGAGUACCUGCCCGUGUGGGGCGAGACCGACGAGACGUCCUUCGAGGCAGGCAUCAAAGUGCAGAUCCAUAGCCAAGAUGAGCCCCCCUUCAUUGACCAGCUGGGCUUUGGCGUGGCCCCAGGCUUCCAGACCUUCGUGGCCUGCCAGGAGCAGCGGCUCAUCUACCUGCCCCCACCCUGGGGCACCUGCAAAGCUGUUACCAUGGACUCGGAUUUCUUCGACUCCUACAGCAUCACCGCCUGCCGCAUUGACUGUGAGACGCGCUACCUGGUGGAGAACUGCAACUGCCGCAUGGUGCACAUGCCAGGAGAUGCCCCCUACUGUACCCCAGAGCAGUACAAGGAGUGUGCAGACCCUGCUCUGGACUUCCUAGUGGAGAAGGACCAGGAGUACUGCGUGUGUGAGAUGCCCUGCAACCUGACCCGCUACGGCAAGGAGCUGUCCAUGGUCAAGAUCCCCAGCAAGGCCUCGGCCAAGUACUUAGCCAAGAAAUUCAACAAGUCUGAGCAGUACAUAGGGGAGAACAUCUUGGUGCUGGACAUUUUCUUUGAAGUCCUCAACUAUGAGACCAUUGAGCAGAAGAAAGCCUAUGAGAUCGCCGGGCUCCUGGGUGACAUUGGGGGCCAGAUGGGGCUGUUCAUUGGGGCCAGCAUCCUCACCGUGCUGGAGCUCUUCGACUACGCCUACGAGGUCAUCAAACACAAGCUGUGCCGCAGAGGCAAGUGUCAGAAGGAGGCCAAGAGGGGCAGCGCGGACAAGGGCGUGGCGCUCAGCCUGGACGACGUCAAGAGACACAACCCGUGUGAGAGCCUCCGGGGCCACCCUGCCGGGAUGACCUACGCUGCCAACAUCCUACCUCACCACCCGGCUAGAGGCACCUUUGAGGACUUCACCUGCUGAGCCCCGCAGGCUGCUGCACCAAAGGCCUCAAUGUGGAGGGCCAGGAGAGCAAGGGGGACCUUCUCCCCAGCCUCCGGGGGAGAGGGGGUGGCCCCAAGCCUGCCUGGGGCUCACCCCCACUCCUGGGCAAGCCCUUCCCUCCUGUGGUGGUGAGGAAGGAGUCCUCUUCCUGCCUCUACCCCAUUCUUUUUACUUUUAACAAAACUAAUCUAAGACAAACAAAGCCCCCUAAAGACAGAGAACGGGGCCGGGCCCCAGGCUGCCUCUCUCCGCUCCAUGCUGCCUCCCCAGCUGCGGCCUUGAUGCUCCGUCCGGGCCGUCUGUCAUCUUGAGUGUCCACCUACAUUCUGCUG